ACGGAUGCAAUAUACUUUUGGCCGCUACGCAUUUUGGCGCUAUUGCGCAGUUCUGUUUGGCGGAAAUCUCCAAAAAGUUUUUUCUUGGUGAACUCCAGCGGAGACAGCAGAUUGCCAUCGAUUCUUCAUUCAUUUCAGUUCAAGAUGCACAAGAACAUUGUUUUCUUCCCUGGGAGAAUCCGUGUUGUGUUCCGCAAGGGGCCGCGUGGAUUUCUCCUCCAGGAGCCGUCUGAUGAAGCCAGUCGAAUAAAAAAUAACCCGACUCUUCAGGUGAAGUCUGCGCCCCUGAAAGAGGAGCUUGUGCGGCAGAACGCUCUUGCUGUGGUGCGGCAGAGAGGAGGAGAUGCCUCAGACAGGACGGAGGUGCUGGGAGAGUACAUUCUUCAAUUUGGAAAGUACCAAGGGAAAUCUUUUAGGUGGCUUUUGGAGAAUGAUAUAGGGUACACAAUGUAUCUAAUUCAGAACCUCCAGAAGGAGCAGGCCUCGGGUGUUUUUAUGGCUGAGGGGCAUAAGAAGGACAGCCUACUUUCACUCUACGAUUAUGCUCUGAGUUUUCAAGAGAUCCAAUCUCUCCUCACCUAUGAAGCCAGUGGAGUGGGUGUCGCAGCAGCCUUGUCCGAAGAUGACCAGCUGGUUGGGUUUGGUUCUCGACCCAAGAGCACUUGGAGGGAGGUCUGGGAUACCAGAGCCGAUGGUUACGCGGCUUUCGUCAUGGGGCAGAGUUGCUUCCCAGGAACGCGCAUGCAUAAGCUGCAGCAGUACCUGCAGAAGAGGCAGCAGUCUGACACUGCUUCCACAUCAGCUGAGCAUGCCUCAAGGGUCCCAGCAAAACCCCUGAUGAUGGACGAAGAUGAGGACCUCGAGAAGGCAAUGCUGAGCAUCUCCCCUGCAAAGCUGCAAGUGCAGAGCUUUGCUGUGCCGGUAGUGGCUGCCACACCAGUAGGAUCACCAGGAGCAAAGACAGUUCCAUCUGCGGCGCUGUCCACACCCCUUCCUGAUGCGACUGCUGAACUGCAGUCAUCACCAGUUGAUGCACCGGUGAAGAGGAAGACGCCUGUUCCCCUUCCUUCAGAGCUGGCGUUUUUUGCAGAGAAGACAUCAGGUCCCCCGGUAGGAGAGAGGCCUGAGUCAUGUCCAGGACCCGCCACAAGCACUGCUCGCACCUCUGCGAGUAAAGCGCUCACUUUUGAGGACCAGGGUGAACGUGUUCCCUUAGGUCAGCCACCUAUACCUGUUGUGCUCUCUGGGAAAGAGGACACAAGCAGCUGGAGCUGCUCUCAUCAGCAGAGGCAGUGGAUGAGGACAGAGCUCCAGGAUCUCGGGCUGUGGCCUGGGUCUCGUCAAGUGCGUAACGUAGGGAACGCAAUUUCUCUGUGGCGCCUUCCUCCACAGGCGGAGCUCAUUGAUGUGCUGACGGAGCUCCCAUCCCCCAACUUCUUCCAGCUCCAUCCAUUUUUCAUUUGGAAGCCCGAGAGUCACAUCAUGGUCAGGUUGAGGAGCAACUACAUCCUGCCAUGUCUUCAUGGCUGUCCUCAUCCACAGGUGGUCUCUGCUGGUGUGGGCAGGCCUCGGGUGAUUGUUGGGACCAGUGGACAAUAUUACAUCAUGUCCUCCCGACUCUGCUGCAAGGCCUGCCGCAAGACCUGUGUUUUUAUCUGA